CCGAUAUCUGCCGACUUCCCCCAUUAUUCUUAAUCUUUUGAGCCUCCCAAAGCCCCCCCCAGCGCUUUUUCCCUUCCGCAUUUCCAUCACUCACUCACUCGCAAAGUGUACCCCUUUGCCAUAGCUGCUUUCCUGUCGCCCUUCGACUGAAGUUGCUCUUGUUCCACCCUGCGAUGAUCCAGUAACACCAACAGACACGACCACCUCUUUCCUUGGAGUUGCUGGUUCAAAGUGUCUCGACGCGUACCGGGGUGGCUUGCUUUGGCCUGCGCCGCCCAUCGUCAAAAUUCCGCACAACGCCCGCGGGGUUACAUCAUCAGCAAUCUACACGAACGUAAGUUCUGGCAUGGAUUGCCAAAGCUCAAUCACUCGCUUGCAUAAUGCUGCCAAAUCCCCCUCAUUGCUUCAACUGAAUGGCCUUACUUCAAUGUUGCGGACAUUCAGGAAACGGAUCCCAUCAUUCUUUCUGCAGCCAACUAAUAUUCAUAUCUCCACAGGUGCUCGCCUCGGCAUACCUUUCCGUUACACCAUGGCUUCGCUCAACACAAUGGCUGCUGGCCACGAAGUACCUCUCACGGCACACUCCCACCCUCAUAACCCCAUACCUGAAGAUCCCACUCGAACGAGAAAAGUAUCAAUAAGCACGUCACAGUUUGGUCGGUCGCCUAUGUCGACUGCAACCACCGGGACGUAUUCAGACAACGAGGCUUCGAGCAUAGACACAACACCCACCACGCCCACCGACAACUUGUCAGAUGAUUCAUUCAAUGAACAGCAGGACCGGACGUACUCGAAGCCCCAACCUAAGCAGCGAAGGGCCUCGACGGUCCUGGUCUCGGAGGACUCGGAAGAUGCACGAAGAUUUCUGGGACAGGCUGGCACCGCUACUUCUAUGGUACAAAAGGCUUGCUGUGGUGGUGGAUGCUGUAUGCUACAAGAGCUGAAGUUCAAAGGGGCAGCAGAGGGUGUCAAACCGAUUCGAGAGCCAGAUAAUGCCGCAUAUCGAAGUCUGAAGCUCAAACUAGGCGCACUCAGCCUCGAUAGCGAGUUGACUGGUAUCGUCGACAUGCCGGCAAAGACUGUUUCGCUCGAGUCCUUGUCAACAUCGUCAAACACCACCUACGCUCAGCCCCCGAAAAAGACCACCGAAGUCCUCAAACAUCCUCCCAACUUCGUUACGCCACAUCCACCCUACCAAGUCUAUUCCGCUCCUCUAUUCCACGCUCGCGAGCUGACAAAAUCUGGUGCCGAGAAAAGGACAUACCACUUCGACAUUGAUGUAACAGAUUAUCCUACCGAAGGUGGAGACGUCGAUUUUGUCGUUGGAGGGGCUAUUGGUGUUUGUGCGCCAAAUUCCCCCGAGAUGGUGAACAAGGUCUUUGAUGCCCUUGGCGUGCCUAGCUUCGUACGGGACAAGCCAGUGUUGCUCAAGACCACAACAGGAAGAUGGCCGACUAUUUGGGGCGAUGAUGCGCCCAGAGAGCUCGUCACCACCAGGAGAGAACUUCUGACAUGGUGCUCAGACAUUCAGAGCUACGCUCCGACUAAACAGCUCUUCCGACUUCUGGCUGAAUAUGCAGAAGAUGAGCACGAGAAGAUGAUCUUGAUGUACUUGUCUUCAGCCCAGGGCCAAGGAGCGUUCUGUGACCUCCGAACUGGCCCAUACACGACUAUACCGCAACUUCUCACGGCUUUCCCCUCGACCCGGCCUCCGCUCGACUAUCUACUAUCAGUUCUCAAUCAACUCAUGCCACGUUUCUAUUCACUCUCUCAGGACCCAAUGGUCUCUUGUCAACGAGAUAGCACAGAACGCCGAAGAUUAGUCGAGAUCGCAGUCUCCGUGCACGAAGCCGAAGAUUAUGCCACCGGCAUGCGAACGGGAGUUGGCUCUGGAUUUCUCGAAAGGCUAGCUCGACAGGUCAUAGAAGCCGAAAAGGCAGGCAAGGACCCUAAGGAUCUUGACCUCAGAAUUCCCAUGUUCAGAGGUCUGAUGGCGAACCCGCUUGCCCGGGAGUUUGUCACCGAUGGACCAAUGCUCUUGAUUGGUGCCGGGGUCGGGAUUGCUCCCUUCAGGGGCUUCGUCCAUCGCCGGUUGAAGUCGGCCAACUGCGCCAACAAAGUCUGGGUUCUGCAGGGUAUUCGGGACAGUCUACUGGAUGAGCUUUACUCGGGCGAUUGGGGCGUGCAUGAAGACAAGGUCAAGAAGGUAGUUCAAUCGCGUCGUGGAGAAGGCCGGUAUGUCCAGGAAGAAGUCCGGCACCAAGCUGACCUGGUAUGGUUUAUCAUCAAUGCCCUUGACGGACGGAUUUUCGUCUGUGGAAGUUCCAAGGGCAUGGGCGAGGGUGUCGAGGCGGCACUCAUUGAUGUCGCCAUGGCCAAGGGGAAACUGAACCAAGAAGAGGCCAAGAGUUUUUGGGCAGAGAAGAAGGCCUCCGGUCAGUACAUUGCGGAGACUUGGUAAAGAGACCGGAGUCACAUUCACGGUCGGGAGGACAUGGUUUCAAAAUUUUGUGUUGUGAGCGGCUGUCUGAAACAAUUACCUUUACGAUAAAGCGUCCGGUCUCGAAAAGAUAUCUCAAAAAGCCAGCGAAGAUCGCAGGCAGGGCAGCAUGAGGUGCAAAACCUUGCAGCGACAACGUGUGAAAAGAAAAGGAGGUAUUGUCCCAGCGUUGAAAACGAAUUGCACUCAUCAUGAUCAAUCGUACGAAUCGAAUUGUGCAAAGGUACGGCCCGCAUCUCACGGCGAGGAAUGAGGUACCUACCUUUUGUGUGUCACAGUUUUCUGUCUACAUACUGCGGCAUGGCAAAGGCGUUGAGAAAGGGUCCAAGGAGGCUUACUGUUGGCGUUCGAACAUAUACACGGGCCGGGCAAGGCAUGAAACCUGGUCAGGCGCGAAAAGGAAGGCUAUUUAGUGUUAAGUGUAUUCAAUAUUCACACUUUUUUGGACGACCUGGAAACAGCAGCUUUUCUUUUGGCUGAUUGUCACGAUUACAGUUAUGGAUACGAUAGGAUGUGAUAACUUGACAAUGUCAUUUCCAACAAUUAA